AUGCAGAUUUCAAGAACCAAUAUAGAAAAAUAAGACUAAACUGACAAAGAAGUUAGAGUAUUGGAUAUUGAUAUAUCAGUACCGAUUGAUGUUAAUUUUGCGAUGAAAACUCUCGGGUUGCCUGAUCUGUUUUACAUGAUGAUAGCUCAAUUUGAAGUAAUGACAAUGAAUGAGCAGCUUGAAAGGCUCUGUCGAGGCAUCUAGAAAUAGGACUGGAAGGAGAUGAAAGUAGGAGCUCAUAACCUUAAAGGAUCUGCUGGGUAUAUUGGAGUUUCUAGGCUGCAUUAUGCUGCUUACUACGUCCAAUUAUUCUAUGUCAAUCACAACUACGAUUAGAUGGUUGCUUUCUAUCCCCUGAUCAUAGAAACUGCAGUUGAAUUUAAAAUUGAAUAUAAAAAGCUGCUUGCUGAAAAAAACUAAACCCCCCUUGUACUGACUCCUGAAGAUGAGUAAGUAAUAGUCGCUCCUGGGUACAGAUUAAUUAAAUACAAUGACAAGCUAUAUUGUGUUCACUAGGAUUAGUCAGUUUAGGAAAGAGAAAAACAGCAUAAAGAAUAAAUGCGAAAACCCUCUAAAUUUUAAGGGACUCAAGGGGAUCAAGUUAGUAACAGUAAUACCAUUAAUCAAAUUAGCAUUAAUAACAAUAAUAAUAACAAUAGUGUCAGAAAUAAUAUUCAGAUUAAUAGUAAUGCAAAUAUUUAAAGAUAAAAUAACAACAAUAGAAACAGCAAUGCAUUUAAGCAACAACAAUUUCAGCAGCAAUAAUAAUAAUAAUAAUAGCAAUUUUAAGAUAAGUAAAUGAUAUCGCGUCCAUCUAACUAAGAUUAGCCAGUUCUUAACAAUAAAUCCUAAAUAAACUAGUUGACUAAUAUGUAGCUACUAGAUGAAGAGAAUAAAUCUUAAAGAUCCUUGUAGAAAUAAUAAUCAGUCUUGCAAAAUUUAAAAGAUCUGGGUUAGCAGGUUUAGAUCGCUAGUGAGAGGCCUAUUGAAUUAAGAGAAUCAUAAAGAUACAAACAGAAUGCUGACCUUACUGAUCAAAUGAGGUAAAUAUCUAAUAAAUCCAAGCAAGGUCUCAAAUCAUCCCAUAGGAGGGAUCCUAGAGACAGUAUAGAUAAGUAGAUAGAGCAAAAUAAAAGACUUUUUCAAGAUGAGUAACAAGCUUCAGUCGAUGAGUGCUAAUGCUUAAAGAGUUUAUGUCCAGACAUGAUGAUGUCAACCCCAAACUUAACAUCUAGCAACACCUAAUCUAGUAGUUUAUUUAGUAACUCAUAAUGUCUUAUAUUUUGA